AUGGAGAAGAGCUUGGAAAGUGCCAUGGAGCAUUUGAAAACAGCAGCUGUUGUAGUAUCAGGCCCCGGAGGAUCGGGGAAAACAGCUUUGAUAAAAAAGGUCAUCGAGAGCACAGAGUACGAGCUGAUCGAAAUAGAUGACAUAGAAGAGUACAAAGCACACAGAAUCAGCAAAUCAAUGAUAUAUCUGCUUCGGGUCACUGAAGAGAUGCGCGUGAAAAAGUGCGAAUAUCGCGGAAUUAUUUUCGAAACAGACCAGCCAUACUUCCACAGAAAAAUAAAAAACUGUAAACACAUAAAAGUUCCCCUGGUUGCAAUACGCACUGUAAAAAAGCACUGUCCGUCUGCCACAGGCAAGACAAGCAUGCACCGCGUGGUGCAGACAGCAAAGCUACCAGAAGAAUCGCACAAAGUGCUUCUGGAGAACGGAAACAGCAACAUCUGCUUUUUCCAUGCAAUCGGGAAAAUACUCUACCACAAAACAAACGAAGUACCGAAAGAGGUUCUGCACAUCUUAGAAGAAAUUCCUUUCAAGACCCUCCUGUACAUCCACGAGAACAUACCCGCUUUUACUCCGAGCAUAGAGGCCCUGAGUAGCGUACUAGACAAAAUCUCGCUUGCUGCAACAAAUAUAAGCCUGGUGCACCAGGUUAUCUCUGAAAUAUGGAGACUAGAAAGGCACUCUCCAAAAUCCUUCUACAACAUCAGAACAUCACCCUACAACAUAGACAUGUACAAGAACCAAAAAACAGAGAUGUAG